AUGGCGCAGAUGGCUAGGAUACGGGCGGGCCCGGCCGCGGUGCGACGAGUUGCUGGCUGUGGCAAUUAUCUACGACAACCGUCAAUAAGCGCAUUACAGACAAGAGGCGUUGCGACCAACGCGGCGACCCAGGAGCCGAAUGUCGACUUUCCCGCGGGGAUUCCACCGGUUGCGGUACCGUCACGUUCGAGUGGAGACGCCCGGAGGAAAGCGAUCAAGAAUGCGAAACCCUUCUCCGACUUCUUGACGGACACGUUCAAUAGGCAGCAUGACUAUCUCCGGAUCAGUAUCACAGAGCGAUGCAAUCUGCGGUGUCUGUACUGCAUGCCAGAAGAGGGCAUACCACUGUCUCCGUCGGCCAACAUGCUUACCACACCCGAGAUCUUCUACCUCUCCUCGCUAUUCGUCUCACAGGGUGUCACCAAGAUCCGCCUCACUGGCGGCGAGCCCACCGUCCGUCGCGACAUCGUCCCGCUCAUGCAGCAGAUCGGCAGUCUGCGCCCGAAAGGCCUGCGCGAACUCGCACUCACAACCAACGGCAUCUCGCUACACCGGAAGCUGGACGCAGUGGUGGAAGCGGGUCUGACUGGCGUCAACCUCAGUCUGGAUACACUAGACCCGUUCCAGUUCCAGAUCAUGACUCGGCGGAAAGGCUUCGAUGCUGUCAUGAAGUCGAUUGAUCGCAUACUGGAGAUGAACAAACUAGGCGCCAACGUCAAGCUCAAGGUUAACUGCGUCGUCAUGCGGGGGUUGAACGAGCGCGAGAUUCUACCCUUUGUCGAGAUGGGCCGCGAAAAGGACAUCGAAGUACGCUUCAUCGAGUACAUGCCUUUUGGUGGAAACAAGUGGAGUGAGAACAAGAUGAUCAGCUUCCAGGAGAUGCUGGAUAUCAUCAGGACCAAAUAUCCGGGGCUCAGGCCGGUGCCAGGACACAAGAACGACACCAGUAAGACGUACGAGGUGCCAGGCUUCGUGGGCAAGGUCGGCUUCAUCACGAGCAUGACAAAUGACUUUUGUGGGACGUGCAAUCGGUUACGAAUAACGAGUGACGGCAAUCUGAAAGUCUGCUUACACGGUAACGCCGAGGUGUCUUUGCGCGACGUUCUGCGACAGGGCAACAAUGGCGAGCCCAUUGACCAGGAAGCAUUUGAGCGCAUCAGGCAGAUUGAGAUGGACCGACACGAAGGCCGCUUGAGCGAUGAGACAAUCCUUGGCUGGGGCCAACGCGAGCGCGAACUCCUUGACGUUGUUGGUGCUGCCGUCAAACGCAAAGCGGAAAAGCACGCCGACUUGGAUGAUCUGGCCAACAUGGAGAAUCGGCCCAUGAUCUUAAUUGAUGACAAGCCUCUAGCGAGCCGGAACUCCCAGCGGCCUGUACUACGGAGAAGACCAUUCGACAACCCCCAUGCCUUGCUGGCACGACAUCGCAUACCCAGCUCACCACUGCCCUAUCUGAAUAUCGUGUCUCAACCCCCUUCAACCACUGUUCGAGCCUUCUCUACCUCGCCUGUGUCUGCUGCGGAGAAGCUAUCUCAGCUGGAGCCACUGCAAAAGGCUGAGGAUAUUCCAGAAGCUGGUAAAGCCAUCAAGAACGCGACGAGAAUGGAUCUGCAUUCCAUACGAGACUUUCUGGCUGAAGUAAAGUUACCACAAGGAAGCGAUCGAACAAUCCAGAUAUUAGAAACAAAUAUCAUCAACCUACAAGAUCGCAUCGCCCGCGUCGUCCACCAAAUCGACAGGCCUGCAACGAACGUAAAGGAAGCUAAGGAGAAAGAGAGGCUUGAAGCACAAAGGUUCGAGUAUGAAGAACUUCUUGGAGAGACCGUGGAAAAGUAUACAAGUCGAUUCGCUGCUCUCAGGAGACAAGCUAAGCUGAGGAAGCAGAAAGAAGAGAUUUUGGAGAAGAAAAGGGCGUUGGUGAAACAGUUGGAAGAACAGGAAGAAGCCGAACGAAGGGCUAGGAUGGUUGUAAGAGCAAGGGAAGAAGGAAAAGAGCGGGAUGGCAAAAGUCUUGGUGAUAUAUUGGAUGAUGCAUUGAAAAAGAUCAGGAAGGAACCUACACAUCCUCCUAAGAUACAAGAACAAAGAGACAGGAAAGUCUUACCCUCCGACUGGGUCGUAAGGUCAGUUGGGGGGUCAGGUCCUUAUUCGGUCUUGGGUCGAAACGAAUUAGAUCGAAGCUCCGAGGAAAAUGCGCUUGCGGAUCCAAUCAUGGACAAGGGACGAGUGCCAACGGUGCCUGGCGAAGGACAUGCAUUUGAUCUCCUAUCAUCCUCGCCCUCAUCCUCACCAAGCAAACGUCCUGGUCUCGUUGUUCCGCCAUCCGGCAUUUUACCUAUCGACGAAGAUCUCAUCGUCACUUUCGACGCUCCCGUCCCCCAACUUCAGCAGCAAGUCCUCGCCCUACGAGACCGGCUUAAAAAAUCCUAUCCACGCCUCGACGUGUUACCCUACGAGGUCUGGACCUCUGAGAAUAAACGCACACUACAAACAUGGCUGAAGAUCUUGAUUGAAAGAUGGCAGGCGAGGUUUGAAAAUGUUAAUCUCACGGGCCAGAUGGUUAAAGGAAUAGUUGACGAAAAGCUAAAGGCGGUAUUAGAUCAGAUGGUGAUAGAUCACAAUCUUGACAAUGAUGCAGCAGAGAGGAUGGCAAUGAGGUGGCAUGAUGUGUCUUCUGAGAGACAAUCUCUGACUGGUGAUGCGGAAGGCAAGCUGGAUUGGGAUGAGAUGGAAGCGGAAGGUCUGGGGUUUCUGGCUGAUGAUAUGGAACAUGAGCCGUUGCAGCAACAGCAACCUGAUGUUGAGGCAGUGGCACAGGCGCAGCAUGGUAUGACUGAGGUAGUAAGAGGAGAGUCCAGUGGCUCGACGACGUCUAGGUUGGUGGGUCGUAGGAUGUACUCGACCUCCUCACGUUACGCCACCUUCCCUUCGCCUGAAGCCGAAUCCAAGCCGAGCUCGAUCGAUAAGACGGAUGGGAAAGAUAAACUACAUCAACGACAACCGCAAACCCCACAACCUCCUCCAACCUCAGAAGCCCAGCCCACAAGUCCUCAACCACACCUCCCCCACCUGACCGCCUCCGGCUCCGCACACAUGGUCAGCGUCUCGAACAAGCAACACACAACACGCACCGCCAUCGCCGUCGGAACCGUGUACUUUACUAACCCUACCCCCCUCCAAUUGAUACGCUCGAACAGCUUGGAAAAAGGCGAUGUUCUGGGUACAUCGCGAAUAGCGGGCAUCAUGGCAGCAAAGAAAUGCCCCGAGAUAAUACCUUUAUGCCAUCCGAUUGCCUUGACGCAUGUCGGGGUCGAACUUCGUGCUUUUGGGUCCAACUCGGGUGGAUCCUCCCCAGACUCCUUGCCAUCGAUACCCAUAUCCCCGUACAGCAUCGACCCCGGCUACGGCGGCAUCCAGAUCGAAGCAAAGGUCCAGUGUACGGGUCCUACGGGGGUCGAAAUGGAAGCUUUGACGGCAGUCAUGGGUGCAGCGCUCAGUGUGGUGGAUAUGUGUAAGGCAGUGGACAAAUUUCAGCGGGUGCAGGAUUUGAGGGUUGUAUUAAAAGAAGGAGGCAAGAGCGGCGUUUGGAGGGAGGAGGGAUGGGAAAGUUGGCAAGAUUAA